GCUAAAACCAGAAAAAGAAACAAGCCAGUAAGACAUUAUGAUCUUACACGGAUGCUUAGAAGGUCCUGCAGGAAUGCCGGUAAUAACGAAAGCGAAAAUUCUCCCUUUGCCGAGUUGUUUGAGCAGAAGAUUGACGUUUUUCAUCUCGCCCUGCACAUCUGAUCCAAAAGCGAAAUGAAGCAUUUUAUUGGGGCCGCAACGAGCUGAGAAAAGCUCAUUAAUAUCUGCAGUGUCAUGUCAACUAAUAUAUUGUCACCGUAUCGCCAUUUCGGAAAUCUAAGCUGAACGAUGAUUUGCUUAAAUGAAUAGGGUCGAGGAAUAAGAAUACCACUAUACGAGAGACCUGGCCGAUUUGAAAGCAAUGAACAAACACAUGUUCUUAGCACUAAAGGCACACUUAUUUCCCACCGGCUUCGGCGACUAGGCACGGCAAAAAUGGAGAAAAAACUGAUAGUAAUCAAACUAAGAAUUUUCGUUGGCUAUGACCGGUUCAACUUUACUAAGGGUCUAUAUAGAGCUGGGUGGCCUUAACGCACGCAGUGAGGCAAUAAUAAAUGCCCAAGCGAGCUACAACUAGAACGUCACUCACGGCGACGGGAUAAUCGUAUGAGAUCAGCGUGAAAACGUGCGAACGUAAAAAUUCUGGCAUAUGACCUAGCUGUAAGGAUAACAGUACCUUUGUUGGUCUUCUUGUACUCCUCCUUAAGACAGGCCACGCCUUUUACACCAGGCACAAAAUGACAGAGUACCAACUUAAACGAAUGAAGGCGCUACUCGCCGAACAUGGCCAGGAACAUUUGCUCCAGUUCUGGGAUCAUCUUGACGAAAAGCAACAGGGUGAACUUAUCGCUGACAUCGACUAUGUGGACGUCGCGCGUUGCGCGGCAGCGUUCUCAAACGUAAUGCUUCCAAAUAAGAACGCCGACGAUCUGGAUUCCCUGCUUGAGCCUGUUGCGACGGAUCAGUUUGGUUCCGUAGCUCGGUCCAGCCCAGAGCAGCUUGCGGCUUACCGCCAGGCCGGUCUUGAGGCCAUUUCAAGAGGGGAGGUAGCUGCGCUCCUUUUAGCUGGAGGCCAAGGUACCCGCCUGGGCGUACCUUAUCCAAAAGGGAUGUACGAUGUUGGCCUACCCUCAGGCAAGACCCUUUACCAACUGCAGGGCGAACGGUUGAAAAGGCUCGAACACUUAGUCGAGAAACAGACGGGGCGUGCUGGUUGCAGUAUUCCGUGGUAUAUCAUGACCAGUGAGCACACUAGAAACCCCACCCUUGAGUUUUUCGCCAACCAUGAUUUUUUCGGAUUAAAUCAAGACAAUUUCAUAGUGUUUGAACAGAACAUGAUGCCGAGCUUUACAUUUGACGGCAAGAUCAUCUUGGAAAAGACUUACCGACUGGCGUUGAGUCCUGACGGCAAUGGUGGUCUGUACAAUGUUCUUUACAAACGCGGAAUCCUCGAGGAUAUGGUACGCCGAGGCAUUAAGUACAUUCAUGCCUAUUGCGUUGACAAUAUCCUUGUGAAAAUUGCCGAUCCGACGUUUAUCGGGUUCUGUAUCAGCAAAGAUGCCGACUGCGCCGCGAAGGUCGUUGAAAAGGCUUCUCCAACAGAAGCUGUAGGUGUCGUGUGUAAAGUCCGAGGUCGGUAUCAGGUUGUUGAGUACUCAGAGAUCUCAGCUGAGACCGCACAAAAGCGCAAUCUCGAUGGGCGAUUGACUUUCAACGCAGGAAAUAUCUGCAACCACUUCUUCACUCUCGAUUUUCUCAAUAAGGUUUCCGGUAUGGCAGCCUGCAUGAGGAAAAUUGAUAUCAACGGCAACGAAGAAGAUACCAGCAAGGCCGCCCUGAAAUACCAUGUCGCCAAAAAGAAGAUUCCUUUCAUUGAUGCGAUGGGCGUAUCCAGGCAACCUGAAAAACCAAACGGCGUCAAAUUGGAAAUGUUCGUCUUUGAUGUCUUCGAAUACGCAAAUUCGUUUGCGGUAUGGGAAGUAUUACGGGAGGAUGAGUUUUCGCCGCUGAAGAACGCCGAUGGGGCUGAGAAGGAUACACCAACAACUUGCAGAUACCACCUUUUUGACUUGCACCAUAGAUACGUGCUAAAUAGCGGCGGAAACUUUAUCGAUGAGAAUGGAACUCCGCUCGCCCUGAUUCCAGCUCAAAUUACAAAUGGCACUAUCAAGAGAGAGAGGGAUACUCAUGAGCCGAUUAUCUGCGAAAUCUCCCCGCUGCUAUCAUACGACGGCGAGGAUCUCGAGGAAAUAGUAAAAGGACAGAAGUUCCGAGCACCACUGUAUCUUAGUGAAAACUUCAAGAAUGGGACGCACUAGUAAGAAUAACUUCACUAACAGUUCGAAGCUCUAUGACAAAGUUAACGCACCAAUUUACCGAAUCUAAGAAAAGCUAAUAUUAAUCACUAUAUGCGACAAUAUCAGAAAAAAACCAAGGUCGUACCACACUGUUUAAACCGAAAUGUUUUUAAAUCUAAUUAAGGUAUAUAUAUAUAUGCCAGUAAACAUGUGUAAAUGAUGUAAUCGCUUCUUUUUUUACCAAUAAUCUUUUUAUGAUGUGACAAUAUAUCGAAAUAAAAAUAGUUCUUUGCAACAAUCGA